AUGUCUGCCCGACUUUUCUCCACUGCCUCUCGACAGGCUGCUCGAGCCGCCGUUGCCCGAGUGGCCACCGUGUCUGCCUCCCGAUCCAUCUCCAUGGCUGCUACCCGACCCGCCUUCAAGCUGUCCGCCCCCGCCGUGGCCCGAACCAUCAAGACCAUCUCCUUCAACGGAAAGGAGGACGAGAUUGUCCACGAGCGAGCCGACUGGCCCCAGGAGAAGCUGCUCGACUACUUCAAGAACGACACCAUUGCUCUGAUCGGCUACGGCUCCCAGGGCUACGGCCAGGGUCUCAACAUGCGAGACAACGGCCUCAACGUCAUCAUCGGAGUCCGAAAGGACGGCGCCUCGUGGAAGGCCGCUCAGGAGGACGGCUGGGUCCCCGGCAAGAACCUCUUUGACGUCAACGAGGCCAUUGGCAAGGGAACUAUCAUCAUGAACCUGCUGUCCGACGCCGCCCAGUCCGAGACCUGGCCCCAGAUCAAGCCCCUCAUCACCAAGGGCAAGACUCUCUACUUCUCCCACGGCUUCUCCCCCGUCUUCAAGGAUCUGACUAAGGUCGAGACCCCCGCCGACGUUGACGUCAUCCUCGUGGCCCCCAAGGGAUCCGGCCGAACCGUCCGAUCUCUGUUCAAGGAGGGACGAGGUAUCAACUCCUCUUACGCCGUGUGGAACGACGUCACCGGCAAGGCCGACGAGAAGGCCGUUGCCCUCGCCAUUGCCGUCGGCUCUGGCUACGUCUACCAGACCACUUUUGAGAAGGAGGUCCGAUCCGAUCUCUACGGAGAGCGAGGCUGCCUCAUGGGCGGUAUCCACGGCAUGUUCCUUGCCCAGUACGAGGUUCUGCGAGAGCGAGGCCACUCUCCCUCCGAGGCCUUCAACGAGACCGUCGAGGAGGCCACCCAGUCUCUCUACCCUCUGAUCGGCAAGUACGGUAUGGACUACAUGUACGAUGCCUGCUCCACCACUGCCCGACGAGGAGCUCUCGACUGGUCCCCCAAGUUCAAGGACGCCCUCAAGCCCGUUUUCAACGAGCUCUACGACCGAGUCGAGGACGGUUCCGAGACCCAGCGAUCUCUGGAGUUCAACUCCCAGAAGGACUACCGAGCCAAGUUCGAGGCCGAGCUGCAGGACAUCCGAGAUCUCGAGAUCUGGCGAGUCGGCAAGGAGGUCCGAAAGCUGCGACCCGAGAACAACUAA